GUUCAUGGAUGAGUUUGAUCACAGCAUAAUUUGGCACAAGCAAGAAGACGACGCAGAGAGAUAGAGAGUAAAGUAAAAUGAGCAGAAAAUAUGGGAAAAAACAUUCCCUUCUCCAACGUAGUAGCCUUCACCUGCCAGCAAUGAUUUCGAUUGCACAUUCUUUUAGCCUUCUCACAUGCAAAAAUGAAUUUAUCCACCGUAUUCUUCCCUGCACUGCACAUGGAUACGCCAUUAAAGUCCUCCUCCUACUACUACUAGUGUAGUCAAACCUCCUUUUCUGCUUUCCCUUCUCAAUUUCAAGGCAGCAUUUUUGAAUACCCAGACAUUUUCUUGAUCCCAUAUCUGGGAAAAUCCAGCAAAAAGAUUUGAUUUUUAUUCACUCCCAGAGUUUUUCAUGAUCCGGAUUCUUCUUCAGUGAAAGAAAGAUUGUUUUUUUUUUUUUUUUUUUGUUUUGCGAAAAUCCAGCAAAAAAAUUUGAUUUUUAUUCACGCCCAGAGUUUUUCUUGAUUUGGGGUCUCUUCAGUGAAAGAAAGUUUGGUUUUUUUUUUUGCAAAUGCAAAGGGUGGGGGUUGAGGGAUUGGUACCCAAAGUCCGGAAAAGGGGCUGCUCGUCGCCGUCUUCUGCGUCGUCGAUAGUUCAUAGCUACAGAUUCAAGCGGGCCAUUGUGGUGGGGAAGGGCAGGCACGGGCUGGGAAGGUCCAGAUCUAACACGCCCGUGCCGACCUGGAGAACGACGCCGUUUCUGAGAGGCGGCGGCGAGUCUCCGAGGACAUUGCGGCCUGUCUCGGCGCGGAAGCUGGCGGCGACUCUCUGGGAGAUGAAUGAAGUGCCGUCGCCGGCGCCGGAGGGGAUGGAGGAGGUGGAAGUGAGGGGAAACAAGAAGACGGUGAUGAAGAAGGAGAAAAUGAGGUCUGCUUCUUCCCAUUUGUGCGAUCCAUCUCACAGCCCAGUCUCUGAGAGGAUGGAUCGAUCUGGAACGGGGAGUUACCAGAAGAGGAUGUCGAGUUCUUCCCACAGGUCGAGGACAGCAAACCACAACGUUGGAGUUUUAGAUUCAUUAAGCAGCGCGAGCCUAGUUGAGAUGGAGACCAGAUCCCAAACGAGUGUCUCGGUGGGAGGUGUUAAAAACCGUCUGAAAGAUGUUAGCACUGCUCUGACAACGUCGAAGGAGCUUCUAAAAAUAAUCAACCGGAUUUGGGCGCGUUCUGACCCGCCUUCUUCUAGCAUGUCUCUUGUCUCGGCUUUACAUGCCGAACUUGAAAGGGCGCGCCUGCAGGUAAACCAGCUUAUUCAAGAACAGCGUUCAGAUCAGAACGAGAUCAGUUACCUUAUGAAGUGUUUUGCUGAAGAGAAAGCGGCCUGGAAGAGUAAAGAGAAGAAAGCAAUUGAGAGCGCGAUUGAGUCCAUUGCCAAUGAACUUGAGGUAGAGAGAAAGCUAAGGCGAAGAUCUGAGAGCUUAAACAAGAAACUCGGGAAGGAGCUGUUAGAAACAAAAGCUUCGUUCACGAAGGCAGUGAAAAUGCUUGAAAACGAGAAGAGAGCGAGGGAAAUAAUAGAACAAACGUGUAGUGAAUUAGCGGGGGGAAAUGGUGAAGAUAGAGGCGAGAUUGAAGAUCUUAAUAGGGAAUCGGCAAAAAUUCAUGAAGAGAUUAAAAAGGAAAGGGUAAUGCUCCAACUAGCUGACAGAUUAUGCGAGGAAAGAGUUCAUAUGAAACUCUCAGAUGCCAAACAUGAGUUCGAGGACAAAAAUUCUGCAGUUAACAAGCUGAGGAAACAGCUCGAUACAUUCCUAGUCACAAAAAGCCCUAAGGUAAAAGGAAACGGCUCUGCAAAUUAUGACAUUGGCAAACAAAUUGCUGCAUACUUGAAUGAAACUCGGUUUAAUUCCUAUGAGAACGAGGAGAAAGAUGAUUCCGGGGAGGUAGUGGAGUGUGGCGAAGACUCAGCAGAAAGCGAGCUUCAU